AAGGCGACACCUACGCUGGAGAUCCAUUACAUGUUGAGUUGGUUAUGAAUAAAUCCCCUCUGGUUUUCAUCCGACUAACAAUAUUGUUACUAAGCGCAGGUCUCCGUAUUGAUGGAGAUAAUUGAAAAUAUGCUUCCUGCUUCCGUGAUCAUCCACAACAAAUAAGGUGGUUGCAAAAUCACAGAUCUUUGACGAGGAAGAUCAAGAUGUUCAGCAAUCAGCACGUUCAUCGCGUCAAGGAUUUGAUGGGCACACGUUAUCCGUCUACUAUCCUCAGUGUAGAAGUUGUUUGGAAUUUGGAUUACGAGAAAUUUUCUUGACCCUGAUUCUCAAAUCAGGAUUGAAUUGGUAUUUUGAAAUUAACGUACCACACCACUCAGACGAAAAAACCUGGAUUUCUCCCAUCUUAUCCAGAGAGGGUCCACUUGCCAGUCUCAAAAACCCCCGAAGGCUCACCGACGAGAUAGCGAUGGUGGGCCGGAAGCCGAUGCGCCGUCGCCGAGCCGAGCGGCAUCCGCCGCCUCCGUCCCUCGGUGCCACGGCUCGGCCGACCUCCCCUCUCUCCUCCACCCCCGCUUCUGCCGCCGCUGUCGCCGCAGAUCUGGACGAGCUGCUCCUCACGGCCCCGUCGGCGACGGAGCCUCGGAGCUUCCCGUACGCGGUGAAGCAGCAGUGCUGGGAGAAGGCGGAGCGGGUGCCCGGGCGCGACCCGGAGAGGUGGCGCCGCGACACGCUCGGCAACGUCGUCUUCCGCAAGCUCGUGGGGUGCCCCGGCUGCCUCUGCCACGACUACGACCACAUCGUCCCCUACUCCAAGGGCGGGAAGAGCACACUGGAGAAUUGCCAGGUUUUGCAGAGAUUCCUGCUUCAGGCUACAGUGAAUCGAUCUAAAGGGAACAAGACUGAGAUAUCCAAAUCCGAGCUCAUACAGAAGAGUGCAUAUUGUAGGGUUUCAGGACGAGACAUGGAUCUUCUUGAACUCUCUGCCUAUGGGAGUGUCCGGCAAGGGCCAGAUUCAGGGGGCUGCAAAAUCCAAUGAAGAAGAAAUAUCUAAAGAGUGAUGUUAAUCAGUUUCAAGUGGUUGCCUGAAAUCUGAAGGGUCUUAAUGGUUGUGUCAAAUGUGCCCUAUUCUGUCUAUACUGUGUAGCUUGAUACUUCAAGUGAUUUAUCCAAGAAUAGAAUUCUGCUAUUUGGAAUCAA